AUGACCACCCCAACACCACCAACAGAAGCACAAGAAGCAGAAGAACAAGAAGCACCCUUCUACCCCCGCCCCCUCUUCCACCACUCCCCAACCUUCACAGCACCCCUCCCGCUCACGGCCCACGACAUCCACACAAAACUCACCGCGCACCCGCUCUUCGCCGGCCAGAACAUCCUCCACCACAACAACCACCCCGUGCACGUCGUGCGCGUCGUCGGCCUGCUUGUCGCCCUCGACACUUUCGAUAUCCGCCAUGCCCUCGUGCUCGACGACGGCUCUGGCGCCACCAUUGAUGCCAUGAUCUGGCGGCAGCGGCGCGAGGUUGCGGUCGAGCUGCCGGGGGAGGCGGUGGUGGGUUCCGUGCUGGGCGUGGAGGGGGUUGUGGGUGUGUUCAGGGAUGUGCGGCAGGUGGAGGUGCAGAAGCUGUGGGUGCUGCGGGACACGGCGGAGGAGGUGGCGGCGUGGGCGGAGGUGCUGGAGAUGCGCAGGGGGGUGCUGAGUCGGCCGUGGGUGAUAGAGGAGCGGGUGCUGGAGAGGGAGAGGAGGAAGGCGGAGAGGGAGGCGAGGGCGGUGGAGAGGGCUGUUGCGGCAGCCGCGGCUGCGGAGAGGGGGUUUGUGGGGAGGAGGAGGGUGCCGGGACAGACGUUUGAGGUUGUGGUGCCACCAGUGGAGAGGGGGUCUUCGGUGGUGGAUGGGCAGGAGGAUACAGGGAAGGAGAGUGCGCCGAAGGUGAUAAAGUAUAUUGGCCACCGGCGCACAUCGAAACCCCCGGAGGCACCGGUAGAGCCCCCGCGCUCGCCUGUAGAACCUGCGCCAGAAGUAUCGCGAAAGUUCAUUGGCCGCAGAAGGCCCUCGCGACCACCCUCAGAGGUGCCCACGGAGCCUACGCCGGACCCAGAACCGGUACAACCCGCGCUGAGAUAUAUUGGCCACAAACGCACCUCGAGACCUCCGGAGGCGCCGCCUAUAUUAGAAUUCCCGGUACCACCACCCGCUCCAGUCGUACUCGUGCAGGCGACACCACCGACAUUUGUCGGCCGCCGAAGGACAUCGAGACCGCCGGAGGUGCCUGUUCCUAUCGAGCCUGCACCAGAUCCAGCGAUGAAGUAUAUAGGCCGUAGACGGACCUCGAAACCACCAGAGGCGCUCACGGAACGUCCGAUUAAAGAAGAGCCUGUACCAGACACGGCGGUGAAGUUUAUCGGCCGUCGACGAGCGUCAAAGCCGCCGGAGGAGCCGGUGGUUGGAAAAGAACCUGUCGUGGUAGUCGCAGUGUCGAAGUUUAUCGGCCGCAGACGUCCGUCGAAACCGCCUGAGGAACCUCCGGAGCCCCCGGUCAAGGAAGGGCCUGCGGUGGGGGCAGCGCUGAAAUACAUAGGCCACAGACGUACCGGCUCGAAACCGCCAGAACCCCCCGCGGCCGCAGUCGCGCAGAAAUCUACAAAGGUUGUAGCUGUGCCGUCAUAUGCCGGGCAUAAACGUUCAAAGCCCCUCGAACCAGCACCGGCAGCGACGAAGCAAAAAUACGUAGGCCACAAACGGAGCACAACCGUCACAGUCCUAGAACCGGCAUAUCGCGCACUAAAGCGCAUGAGACCGCUACCAGAAGACGACGAGGAGCCAGCAGGCUCGGGAUCUAGAGCCCAGAAGCGCCAAAAGCUACCCAUGCAGCCGUUCUCGUCAUCGUCCGAGUACUGUAGCGGCGGCAGCGGCAGUCAUCGUCGUCCCAGCAGCAAGGCAGCACCUCCGCCGCCGGCAUCAAGUUCUGUAUUUCGCGGGAAACGUCAGACAGAGCCACAGCCACCUAUACUGUCAGCGUCGCAAGUGCCUCAGGAGCUGCUGGACUCCAUCUGUCUCUCCUCGCCCGCUUCCACUCCAGGGUCGAAAGCAUCACCGCCGCCAUCACUCCGCCGCGGCCGCUCGUCGGGAAUGCAUGAAGCCGCACCACCAUCCGCCCAACCACGGCCGCAAGCAACACCACAGACGCAGACGCAGUAUCGUGGCCGCCGGCGCCACCCCAGUGCCCGCAGAUCGGAGCAGUCGAGCUCGCUCACUCCCGUGGGUACGGCGAAGCGUGAAGCGUAUAGGCGUGUCCGCCGCGAGAAGGAGAAUAACAUGAUGACCUCGUCGAUGGACUCCACGACCAGCAUGAGCACGUACCGUGGCAGCGGGCGGUACAGUACACGUGCAAUGACCAGCUCACAGGAGGCGGAGCAGCAGCGGCGGAGCCGGAAACGUAGCAGUAGGGCGUCAAGGAGCUCGCAGGAGGAGGCGGCGUAUGUGCCGUCGGGAAGGCGUAGGGGUGAUGAGGAUCAAGGGGAGAGGAGGCGGACGAGGAGCUCGCAGGAGGCGCCUUAUGUUCCGUCCGCGAAGCGACGGGGUGAAGAGGAGGAUGUGGAGAGACGCAGGACGCGUAGCUCGCAGGAGGAGGUGGAUCAUAGUGGGUUCUGGGGGAGGAGACGGGCGGGAGCGAUGGUUAAUCUCAAGAAGCCGGCUGCGACUGUGGCUGGGAAAAUUGGGUUUGUGGGCAAGCGCCGGAGCACGAUGGCUAUGGAGAGUAGUGGUGGCGGUGGGAAGCGACGGAAACUUAUGCCGGAGCUGGAGGAUGAGAAGGAGAGGCAGAAGGAGAAGGAACGGGAAGAGCAGGACGAGGAGCGAAGGCUGUUGGCUGCGAUAGAACAAUCGCCAUACGUCCCGACACCGCCUCAGAAGGAGGAGCCUGCGCCGACGCCGACGAUGAAGCCGAAGAGUCUGUUUCUGGGGCGCCGGAGAAGCACACUGUUGCAGCUGGAUGAGGAGAUAUCGGACUUUUCGGAUUAUGUGCCGAGUCCUGCUAAUACUGCUCCCAAUACUGCUCCUGCUCCGGCUGCUCCUACUACUGUUAAUCGUGCCCCUGCGAAUCCUGCUCCGGUGGUGUCGAAGUUUGUGGGCAGGCGGAGAAAGUAA